GUUUGGUGACGGUUACACCAUCAUCUUGCGGGUGGCGGGGCCGGACCCGGACCUUCGGCCGGUGAUGGAGUUCAUCGAGCGGGAGCUGCCCGGGAGCACGUUGAAGGAAAAGCACCGCAACAUGCUGCAGUAUCAGCUUCCCUCGUCUCUCACCUCCCUCGCCCGCAUCUUCUCGCUGCUUUCCAAGAACAAGGAGAACCUCAGCAUAGAGGACUACUCCGUCUCUCAGACCACUUUAGACCAAGUGUUUGUCAAUUUCGCCAAGGACCAAAGCGACGAGGACCACUUGAAAGACGUCCACACGAGCAAACGAGACGCCGUUGUGGUGGACCUUUCCCAGCUGAACUCUUUCCUCAUGGACAGCAAGACGAAGGAGAGCUGUGUCUGAUUGCACAAGAUCAGUGGGAGUUGCCACACCCACCACCAGAUUUCAAAAUACGGACCACUAACAUGUGGGGGGAGAAACCAACUGUGUUAAUUUUUUUUAUUAUUAUUAUCUAUUUUUUUAGUAUUUUUUUUAAAUUGUUGUCAUUCUCAGUGGACCUGCACCUCAUCGCACAGCCCUCUUGCGAAGGCAACGACUGCGGGUAUCAUGACAGACACUGAAACAAUGAAAUCUCAAUGCAAAUCAAUGCAAGAAAUAUAAAUAUAUAAAUAUAUUUAGGAUUAGAAGUUAGUCGUGUGAGGGUUGGAGACUGGUGCUUCUCCUUCACGAGGUAGACUGGAAGAAAGAAGACGAAGUGACAGCAGGAUUUGAAUUCCACUGGAAGGUCUGGAUACCCACUUAUGGACAAGAUGCACGGGUGGGGGGGGAGUAGAAGGAAAUAUCUUGAGUUUUUCAUCCUCAUUCCUUAAAGUAGAAAGCAGUAGUCCAUUGGACUGUGUACACGCUACUGUGUAGAGUUUGUGAUGUUGAAUCAUUCACUGCCAGCUGUUAAAAGAUGGACUGACUAAUGUUUUUAUUUAGGGUCAUAAGUCUUUCAAUUUCUAUUUGUUACCAAGUGCAGUUUUUUAUAAUAUAAAUGAUGGUAAAAAAAAAAAAAAAACUCAACCAUUGAAAAUCCUGUUUCUGUCACAAAUGUGCAAUCAUUGUUAAUUUUUUUUUACUAAUCUGAAGAAAAUUUCCUUUUAGACAUAUUUGUUGUUUUCUUGUUUUGUAUGAUAGCUCAGCCAGCUAACCGAGUUGUUCUUUUGGUUGUUGUUGUUGUUGUUCUUUGUGUCCUUAACAUUUGUUCAGCACAGUGCCUAAUACUGGUGGAGAAUCGAAUCUGAGCACUCCAUUAAAAAAAAACAACAACAAUGUACGUAGGCUGCCAAGGAAUGUAUGAGACCAAUACCAACAUGCAUCAAAGCACAUAUUUUAUUAUUCUAGCGUUUUAUUUGUGAAGAAACUUGUUUUUGUCUUGUUCAUUGUCAGACUCAAAACACAGAAAAGUAUAUAUAUAUAUAAAAACAGUGGUUUUUAGAUGUUUGUUCAAGAUGUUCGUUCUGCUUUUACUGGUUUUACUCAUCCUUGCCCUCUUUGAAUGCAGACUGAUCAGAACGAACAAGCGUGGGUUUAAGAUAUCUUUAGAAUUUAGAUUUGUUGUUGGAAAUAUGGAAAUGUACUGCAUGCUUUACACUUGGCCGCACACGGUGGACUAUCAGUGCUUCUGUGUGUGUGUACUGUAUGUGUGUGAGCCAAAGCAUGAUAUAGAUCUAUGUUUUGCAGAAGGAAGACUGAGCAUUUUGCUGUAUUACUCUUGGAUUACUGGCACGUUGAGAGGCUAAAAUCAAAAUGAUGUUUUGGCCAUGGCCUUUACGAGGGCAUACGGCUACCUGAACCAGGACCAGGAUGAAAUGUGUCAAGUAGUGUUUUAACGUUGAUACCAGUGGAGUGAACUAACAGCGUAUGUGCCAAACUCAGAUUAACCAGCACCAUCCUGAGCAGGCGAGUAUUUUAUAAAGGUCAACUUGUCCUUUCGAUUCAUCCAUCAGCUCAGUUCAGAGACGGCUCAUGCGCCGGAAGUGUGCACUCCCUAAUUUUUCUUAAAAAUCUCUGCGAGUUCACUAUCCUGUGGAGACGUUGCAAAAUUUUAAUCUUGACUGUCAACUGCAGGUCAACUAUUGAGUUCGAGACAAUUCAAUUGCUUGUUUAACCUGAACUUAACAAGCCAGACUGAACAAAAGGACCAUGUAAAUUUUAAAUUUUGCUUGUAAUACUUUAUAGUAAAAAAAAAGAGGAAAUAAUCCAGGGUUUAAACUGAUGACAGGUUGUCAUUAGAGGUGCUCUCUCUCUCUCUUGCUCUCGUGCAAAAUCUUUAAAGGGGUUUGCGUUAUCUCUGGGAUCUACUACCUUCCACCAACAGAGGAUUUAGAUUUUUGUCCUCGACAACCCCUUUUUGUUUUUCUUUGGUUUAAAGAAUUUGAGCACUUUACAGGCUUAGCAGCCGUUAGUUUCCAGUGUUUAUACAUAGGGAUUUGCAAAUAAAAACAAGUUUGAAAGAAGAAAACAAACAAAUCUCUGCACUGGACAAACAGACACGAGAAACAAUCGAGCUUAUGCCACUGCAGGGUGAUAUUUGUGAGAAACUUGAAGCAAAGAGCAAAACCUUAUGUGAAUAAGAGAAAUGUGAUUUGGAGCAGAGGGACAUAAAGAGAGCGUUGCAGAUCAGCGUUAAAGUGGUGAUUUUUCUCUUCUUGGUCUCAGAUUAUAUUGUUUGUUUACAUUUUGAGUAUUACAGCUGUUUGAGUCUGUUACCCAUUGUGCAUAGUUAUUCUUUACGUUAUUAAAAAUUCAAAUGUUUUGAAAAAAA